GUUUUUUUAGUUGCCAAUGUUAUUUAAUCUUGUCAAUUAAAGUAAGAGAUUUUUCGUUUAAAAAAUAAAGCUAAGUUUUGCUAAGCAAAAAAAAAAAGCAAAAAAGAAAUGAGUUUGGUUAAAUAUCUAUUUAGUGGUUGCCUGAUGUUUGUAUUGUUGCAUUUGGUUUUAUCUGCUGUUUGUCCGACUAAUAAACUAUGCCGACCGGGACUGUUGACGUCAUCGAUUACAACAUUGAGCAGUUAUAUAAGUACAAAUCGAAUGUUGUUUACUCUUUUAAACAGUUCUGCUCUUCAAAAAACAUCAGCAAAAAAUGAACAGCAUUGCCUUCAGAAAUGCUAUGCUUUAUCAACCUGUCUUUCAAUUAACGUUUUAAGUAACAUAUCUUCAAGCAUUGAAAUAGAAUGCCAACUUCUUGGUGAACAAGCAUAUACGAAUAAAGACAAACUUGUUUAUCAAGCAAAUUCCACCCACUACACAGUACUGAGUGCAUUGAUAUGAUGGUGCAUAAGCAAUCGAUGGUCACACUAAAGAAUACAGGUUGUGAAAAAGGUUUAUGCUUGAACAAUUCAACAUGUAUACCAAACUAUAAUGACGACACCAGCUCUUGUAAAUGUGUUUCUACAAACUUUGAUGGAAAUUUUUGUGAACGAGAAAUUAAAGUUGUGCUGCUAAGAUACAAUCGAGGAUAUAACUAUGGACCUUCAGUUCAACAUUUUAUGCAAGAAACAACUUUUAAAAACAAACCAUCGUUGCCAAGCUCUUCGUGUUUGUUAACUUUUAACGAUGGAAGUUCUAUAAAUAACAAUAUGGGUGGUCAAGUAUUUGCUUACUUUGUACCACCGGAGACAGGAAUCUAUUAUUUUACUAUUAAAUGUACUUACAACUGCAAUUUAUACAUCUCCACGGUUGGUAAGCAAGACAGGCGAAUCUAUAUAAAAGAUCCAGGUAAAGGUCCAGCAAUAUAUAUGAAAGAAAACAAUGUAAAAUUUCUUGAAAUGUUGAUUGCUAUUCGGCAAAAUGAUGGAAAUGGGUACACAACUUCAUUUUCAUUAGGUGUUACUUUUCCAAAUGGAACGGUAUCUGAUCCAGUUGACAACCGGUAUUUGGCAUCUAGAUUUUAAAAACUCAAAAUGAAUUUUAUCAAACUUUAUAUAUUUACAUUUACAUAAUUCAAAAUUAAAACACAAUUCGGUACUUUAAUAUUUGUAAUACGAUUUUAAAAAUCGUUUUUAAAAAAA